UUCUUCUAAUAUUUUUUGCCAAAACAAAUGCAGUCACACCGAAGUAGAGGGGUCCUAGAGCGGUGCAAAGCAGGAACAGGAAGCAGAAACCCUUGCUAUGGUUGGGGCUUUGGCAAUUGGCACCCACUUGCCACCUUAAUACAUAAUCCAAUUGUCCUUAUCAAAAUCAGAAUCGCCGGUGAGUGAUGACAUUCAUCGACGACGGCAUCGACCUCGACCCUUCGGACUUCGCCGCCUCCGUUCCGCUGAAGAAGGUCCCAAACGGCGACGUAUUCGAGGCCUCACGAGCCGGCGACGUGGAGCGUCUGUGCUAUCUUCUGGAGUCGGGGGUGAACGUGAACGCGCGCGACCAGUGGGACUCGGUGGCGCUCUACUAUGCCUGUCUAGCGGGGCACCUUGACGCCGCACGCAUGCUCCUUGAAAACGGCGCCAUAUGCUCCGAACACACCUUCGACGGCGACCGCUGCCACUACGCCGCACUCAACCUUAAAGUCCGCAAACUCCUUAAAGCCUUCGAAGCUCGCCCCCCUCGCUUGCUUCCCUUACAAGCCUCUCUCCGCGACACCUUCUUGUCUUGCCCCUCCAACCGCCAAACGACACACUCUCAUUUUCCCCCUGCUCAAGCGGGGUCGUUUUUCCCUCCGGAUGUCGUUUUCGUUGUCCAAGGAAGGCCCAUUGAGGCCCACCGUGUCGUAUUAAGUGCGCGGUCGCCGUUUUUCAAGAGAAAGUUCAUGAGCGAUUGGAAGGAGCGCAGCGAAGUGAGAUUCUCGCGGCAAAAGUUGUCAUAUUCCGCACUCUAUAGCCUCAUACACUUCUUCUACUCUGACAGGUUAGAGAUUGCCGUCGAUGACAUGGAGGAUCUCGUGCGAAUCUGCAAAGUGUGCAAAUUGGAAUCGCUCCAGAAGAUUCUAGAAAAAGAAGUGGUUCAUCAGAAAUAUGCGGAAUAUAAGGCGUUGAGAGAGGUUGAUAAUUCUCAGAAACGCUACAUUUUGCAGGCUCUUUCCCUUCCCGAAGAAGAUAGGCUUCCUGCGGCGUUGCGUCGAAUCCUUUUGAAUUUGAGUGGUCGAGAAGAUGGAAUUGAUGAGUCUCUGCAUGACGAUCUUGCUGAUGUUUGCGUGAGAGUGGAUGGAAAGAUUUUCCGGUGCCAUCGGGUUGUUCUGGCUUCGAGGUCUGAGUAUUUCAAAGCGAGAUUGUCGCGAAUUAAGGACUUCCAUGAAGGCAAGGAUGAGUUGUCUGUUGACUUCCUUCCUUGUCUUGAAGAACGUGAUUUGACUGCGGAAGCUUUUGAGAAAAUGAUUGAAUAUAUGUACACCGAUGGUUUGCAGGAUAUAAAUCCAGAUCAGGCUGAGGAAAUGUUGGAUGUUGCUUCUAGAUACUUAUUGUUUCCUCUUAAGCGAGCGGUGGCUGAUGUCUUGUUGCCCCACUUGGAAAUUGUGUCACCUGAAGAGCUUUGCCAUUGGUUGAUACUAGCAGACAUGUAUGGUGUUUUCAAGAUUCGGGAAUAUUGUCUAGACACCACUGCUUGUAAUUUUGAAACGUUUGCUGAUACUAAAGAAUUCCGGGCAAUGUUGUUGACUUUGCCUCCACCAUCUGGAGACUCAUCUCUUCGUACCACUGUCCCAAGCAUUCCUGGAUCUGCUUUAAAUUCUGAUCAAGGAAAUCUUCUUGAUGAUUUACGUGAGAAAUGGCUUGAAAUUGAAGCUGCUGCGCUGGACAAGAGAGAUGAGAGUGCUCUGCAAUUUGACAAGCGUCUAGAGAUGCUUAUGCUUGUUGCAGAGCAAGAAAAAUCAUCAGAGAAUACUGAUCCAAAUUGUAUUAGUGAGACCCUUGGCUUUCUCUCCAAUACCACUCUGACUUGAACAUAAAGAACUUUUGAUUUGUAAACAUUUUUUCUUUACUAAUAAAAUAAAAUAAACUGCAUAGAUUUUGUAGGUCAUCGUGGUGCUUAACAGUAGAUGGUGCGAUACAAAGUAAGUCAUGUGGAGUGAUUAAGUUGGGUUUUUGUAACUUCAAUUGCUCGAGCAUUCAUUGAUUCUUAAGGUUCUUUGUAUAAUCACUAGUUUAUGUCAACAUUUUGAUUGCUUAUAUGAAUGUGUAUGUUGUUACUACUCAAGGCCGUGUUAAGAUCCCUGUAAAAAUGUUUAGAAAAAGCUUGUAAUUUUAUAGUAUAUCUUUGAAUAAUAGAGUAUUCUAUAUUAUCU